AUGGAGAGAGACAUUGCAGCAGAACAGAUUAGCACAGUCUUUUCUAUUCAAUCAACUCUCUGUAUGACUGGUGACAUUGGAAAGGAAUCGGUUUUCUCAAAAUUCUUGCCAAGAAGUGAGGCUAGAGGGUUGUUUCAUCCUAAACUGAGGAGCACGACUAAUGCCGUUUGGCCAGAGGCUCAAUCUGGUCGCACGAAAGUCGACUUGAGGGAUUCUGGUCUAAAGCUCACCUUAUUUCUCGACCUCCUUCGAAUGUUCGUGAGAGACCCACACUCUUCCAUCUGGUAA